AUGUCGUCCAAGAACUACUAUCGUCAUUUCCUCGGCCGCGUUCACCGGCCACAAGAUUUUCAAUUCAUCGUGGAUGGUAUGCUGCGAAUCCUGAACCAGCCACUGCAAGAGAAGGCGUCCUAUCUUCCUGGUACCCAGACAUCGGGUAGCUUCGCUGCAGAGGUCAUCAUGCUUUUCUGGGAGAUCACACAAUGCAACAAGCGGUUCCGUGCCUUUAUCAUCGAUACCAACCGAGUACACGACUUUGUUGUCUUGGCACUGUUCUACGCGUUGGAGUACAAGAACGAGCCCUCCCGACAAGGGAUCGUGCGCAUGUGCGCUUUCCUACUACAGACCUUGAGCGUGGAGACUACUUUCGGCUUGAGUCUCAACAAAAUUUUUGAGGGUCAGCAUAGUCUACCCCCGUCCAUACGCAUCAAUGGAUUCCACGGAUCCUACGCUGAUUUCUUGAUCCAAUCGAUCUACACCCUCAUCACGACCAGUCAGGGGAAGCUAUCGGCAAUAUAUCCAGCGCUCAUGGCAGUCAUCAACAACGUGGCCCCGUAUAUUGAGAAGCUGAACAGAGCCAGCAGUGCCGUUCUAUUACAGCUGCUUUCAUCAAUGGCCUCGCCCUCCUUCUUACUCGCGAAUGAGAGCAACUAUACCCUGUUGCACUCCCUGUUGGAGUCCAUCAACUCUGUUGUUGAGCACAAGUAUCGCAAGAACCCCGAACUUGUUCUCGCCAUAGUCAGGAAUGCGAAGAGAAUCGAGGCCCUCCGCACCUUUACACUUGAGAGCGGCCAAGAAGAAAUGGAAAGGAGGAACAGGUCAAGGAAGGAAUCUGGCGAGCCGCUCGACCCUCUUGAUCCGGCAGCAUUGCGCACAUCAAGCGAAAGCAUGCGCAGCUCGCCUGCACCGCCAGCUCGAACCAGCACGUUGGAGGAGGUCCCAGAAGACGGAGCCUUCGCCAUUGGCGACGACGACGACGACGAUAGCGAUGACGGAUAUCAUCCAACCCCUGCUCGAUCUACGACGAGCGACAGUGCGUCGCAGGAUCAAGUAGGGACAUCUGCGGAGGAUGCGGUGCCUACCCAACUACGGGGGAUGUCUGAAAAGGCCAGAGGGAAAAUGCCUGUCGGUGUUCGAUCAUUCUCGAGACAAAACAGCACCACCAGUCUCGGUGCAUACUCAGCGGCUGGACAGUCGAUGACCGGUGGAUUCGAGCCCUCCGCCCACUGGAUUGAGUCUUGGUUGCCCGAGCUGCCUCUGCACACGAUACUCACGAUAAUCCAGCAGGUCUCUGCCGUCCUGCCUCGUCAAGCGCUCGUGCAAGAUCCCCCCUCGCCAGACACAUUGCGCAAAGUUCAGCAGACGGAGGUGUACGGGAUCGAGCCUUCACCGCCACGUGUACAUUCGUUUGAAUGGUCUCCGCUUGCUCUGGGUUGGUACGAGUCGCUUCUGUGGGGCGUCAUAUUUGCUAGCGAGAUGCAGUUUGCCCGAGGCAACAUGAGCGUUUGGAAUGGCACAGCCAUCAAGCUCUUCCGAGUCCAAGAGACGGCUGCCGCAGGGCCUACGUUGACGUCCCCGAGGGGCGCUGUCGACGCUGUGGGCAGCAACAUUGUCUCGCGCAUUGGCCAGAUCAACUUGAGGGGAAACCAAGGACAAGCACCCGCGCAGUCACAAGGAGCCGAUAGUUCUAGCACGCGGAAUGCCUAA